UUAAACCAUAAACACGUCACUUCUCUCUUCACAUGUGACGGUUAUUAUUUACCACAGAAAGGAAGUCAUGUUGCCACGUGGUUUUUUUUCAGAGCCUUGCACAGGGAGGUGAGAGUUCAGUAAAUACUGAUGAUGUCAUCGACUGAAGAUGGCUGAAGGAGAAAGCUGGUGGGGAGGCUGGCUUCAACAGAGCUACCAGGCCGUCAAAGACAAGUCAACUGAGGCCUUAGAGUUUAUAAAGCGUGACCUGACUGAGUUCUCCACUGUGGUGCAACAUGACACAGCCUGCUCCAUUGUGGCUACAGCCACGGCUGUCAAAAACAAACUGGCCGCGGAAGGCUCCUCAGAGGCCACAGAAAAGGUCAAGAAGAGCCUCUCUAGUUUCUUGGGAGUCAUAACAGACACACUCGCACCACCCCCUGAUAAAACCAUUGACUGUGAUGUCAUCACAUUGGUGGCAACAGCAGCAGGAACCACGGAGCUUUACGACAGUUCCAAGGCGCGUCUCUACAGUUUGCAAGCUGAUCCUGCUACAUACUGCAAUGAGCCUGAUGGGCCACUUGAGCAGUUUGACAACUGGCUCUCCAUCUUCAGUUUGGAAGAUAAGAAAGGAGAAAUCUCUGAGCUUCUGGUCAACAGUCCCUCUAUACGAGCCCUUUACACCAAAAUGGUGCCAGCGGCUGUAGCCCAUUCAGAGUUUUGGCAGAGGUAUUUCUACAAAGUUUUCCAGUUGGACCAGGAGGAGGCGAGGAGAUUAGCACUGAAGCAGAGAGCAGAACAGCCUACCUACACAGAAACCCUUGGCUGGGAGGAGGAAGAGGAAGAUGACUUCCUUGGUACCACGUCGUCAUCUCAGUUCAACUUCACCCCUCCACUGGACAACACCUCGACACAGUUCCUCACGACUUCGACAACUCCCACAGCACCGGCCCUGCUGAGUCCCGUCCUGUCUCCGAGUGAAGAGCGCGACGCCACGCUCUCGGUGAGCAGCGACAGCGUGAGCCUGCCCACGCAGGUGGAAGUGCGGCCGGAGCCCAGUACCGCGGAGCUGGCCGACAAACUGACAGAAGCUCAUUUGGAAGAUGUAGAUGUAGAAACGACGCAGGAAGAGCAGAAGCCUGAAAAGAGUGACUUACCUCCUGAGGCUGAAGUGCAGGCUGUAACCCAGCCGGAGGUUCCUGUCGACGGGCCGUCAGUGAGGAAGGCCGCUUCCAAACCAGAGGCGACGAAAGAAGACGGGCCACAGGACCUCAGAGUGUUUGAGCUCAACUCUGACAGCGGCAAGUCUACGCCAUCUAACAAUGGCAAGAAAGGGUCGAGCACUGACGUGAGCGAAGACUGGGAGAAAGACUUUGACCUGGACAUGACGGAGGAGGAAGUCCAAAUGGCGCUUUCUAAAAUAGAAAACUCCGGAGAGCUGGAUGAAGACUGGGAGAACUGGGAAUGAGAGCCACUGCAACACCGACUCUGUCCCGCCAUUACAGCUAGUUCUCGGCAGAUGAACCAUGCUUAAUGUGUUUUAAACUCUUUGUCCACACUGUCGCCAUGUCAUGAUUGUCAGUAGGGGAUUUUUUCUGACGGGUUUGGACCAUAUUGGUGAACCUGUUGAAGAGAGAGAGAGAGAACACAACAGGAAGACCAAGGCAAUAAGAAUUAGACUGCUCCUUCAGCUAGCAAGGGUUAAUGACUCCGGUGUUGACUAUUUCUUGGAGUAAUUUCUAACUUAGAGCCUAUGACACAAGUCAUGGACAAGGUUGUAAUCAUUCUGACUUUCAAGCCUAAGGAAAUGCAGUGAUAGGGCAGAAUGUGAUACGUUCCAUAGCAGCAGAGGAAGAGCUGUUUUCCCCACUUUUCUUUUUGCCAUUAAAUACCUAAAUAAUCUGAUAUAUACAGUACUGUGUAAAAGUCUUAGGGCACCAUCGGCUUUGUAGUUUGUUUUUCUGUCAAAUUCUUUAAUCACUGGCAUUUGAAUUGUAAUGAUAUGACUGAAAGUGGCUCUUGUGUAUAACAGCAAGCUGUCGAUGAGCUAAAGUUUUACCAGUAACACAAAAUUAGUGGUCGCUGCAAAAGGGUGUCGUUAUAUUUCAAAUGUUAGGGUAGGUGACAGUAAAUGCUUGACACGCUAACCUGGAGAAGCAGUUUGUUAUUUUAGAAGUGCAUACAUGUUUCUGGAUGUGAUCCAAUACAGUGAUUAAUACACAAUUUGACUUUAUGGUCAUUAAAACAACCCUAAGACAUUUGCACAGUCCUGUGUUUAAAGAGUAUUUUUUAGGUUGGGUAAUGAUUUAAAUGCAGGCUGCACAAUAGCCAUAAACUCUAAUGCUGCUUCUCACUUUUUCUAAGCAAGUGAUUUUUGGAACGACAGUGAUUGAUUUAAAUCCGCUUUCUUUUUCGUCUGUAAUAUGCAAGUGAAUUUCUUUCAAAAUCAAAAAGGAGAACUCUUUGGCCUUCAUUCACAGAGAGCGACUUGUUUUUGAUUCACUCCUAACGCUAGAGAUAACACAGGCGUGUGGUCAUGUUAUCCAAAUAUUUGUGUUGUAAGUAGGUCGCCAAAAAAAACACAACCAUCAUCUGUUCUUUUCCCCUCUCUCUCUGUCACACUGUGAUUAAUUGAAGGCUACGCGUUCCUCUCCGUCACUUUAAGUUCUUAUUCGGGUAAGAGGGAAUUCAUCAGUUAUCACUAGUUAUUGAGAGAGAAGUUCUAUUUGACCCGUUAAAGCAAAUUGAAACGGGUCGUGACGUAAAAAUGAACUCGACUUGAGAUUGAGAGUUAUUUACACAAAUAGCUUUGUUUUUUUUAGUUUCCCUCUUGGCUCCUGUUUUGAAAUGACAGAGUUCGGCGGGCUGUGUGCCAAAUAGACAAAAUAGCGACGUGAGCAUGCUCCAUGCUUUUCUAAUUUCCCGUGCCCUCAUUUGUAAUGUAGCUGAGAAAAAAAAGCCAAGAGCCUAGAAGUGUAAUAUUUAUACUAAAAAUAAAUGCUUAAUUAUUGUAUUAUGUGCUUUGGAUUGCAUGUCUGUGCAAUAACAUGAUGCAAACCUUGUGCAGAUAGUUACCGUUGAGUUCUAUGUUUUUUGUUUUUUUGUUUCUGAUAAAGACAUUUGCUUGUGUUGCA